CAAUAACAAAAUACCUUUGUAACCAGUUUGGCGAAUAAAAAUAAAUAAUGGCGCAGUCUAUCAAUGAAUUUCGCGGUGAUUCGUCACACCAAUUUGUAUACAUGAAAGGAAACAAUUUAACAAUGUUUUAUAAACAAACAGUUGUUUGCAGCCUAUGUAGAUACAUUCUAUGAUCAAAUUCCAUGACAUCAUAAACAACUCUAAUGUGAACUUCCUGAGUCUCCUAUUACUUCGCGGGGGACAUCCAUGAAGUAAACACGUCUCGCGAUGCAUAGCUUUAAAUUACUGGCGAUAUUUUCGUUAAUAUUGACUGAGUGCAAUAGUUUGACACCUCAGUGCAGAAAUGAAAGAGGAGAACCAGUUGAUUGGUUUUAUGUGUAUAAGUUGCCUCGGGAGAAGAAUCACUUGAACCCGUUAGUGCGGAGAGGGGUAGCAUAUAUGUACUUAACCCCAUCUAAAUUAAGAGGAGGAUGGAUUAUGUCAGAUCUAGCCAUAAGCGACUCCCGGUCUAUGGUUGGGAAGACUUUAAUGCCUUUGUACCAAGAUAGGAAUAUAAUAUCUUUGGUGUAUAAUGACCAGCCUCCAGCCACGGAGCACCAGCCAGAUAUUCUACAGUCUGUUGCUGAGAUGUAUUCGAAAAGUAAAAGAGGUCAAAUGAAUCAAGCUGGUGUUAAGAAGUUCAAGAAAUUCAAACUCGGCGAUAAAUACUACGAUGAUUAUGAUUUAGCUGAAAUGUGUAAAAUGCACUCAAAGUUCAUGAAGUCACGUGUGGAAAGUGGACACACUAAGGGGGUGAUAUUAGGGGAUAAGUUUACGGCUCUCUGGUUGGUCCAUUCUGUGCCAAGGUUUCCGCCAUUACCUGACAUUCAUGGUCUCAAUGUUUCUUCAUAUAAUUAUCCGACAACGGGGACAAAGUAUGGACAAUCAUUUCUAUGUGUUUCUGUUCAAACUUCAACAUUAAAUCAAAUUGCAACCCAACUAAAAUACAAUGAACCCUUGAUCGUGUAUUACCAUAUGCCACCGGACUUCGAUAGUGAACUUCCUAAUUUAGUUGAUGUUGUUCAUAAUAAAACUAUAGACGCAUCACCUUGGUACCAUAUAGAAAGUUUCGAAACUUUAGUGGGUCGUAAAUUCUUGUCGUUUGCGAAGAGCGCGAUGUUCAACGACGACCUGUACAGUGGGCUGGUGGCGGAGGUGCUGCAGUCUGACCUGCUCGUCGAGUCCUGGACCAACGGACCUGGAACCUUGGACUCUGAGUGCACGAGGAACUUUCAGGUGCGUAAUAUCGAGCGAUUGAAGUUUCCGAUCGCGAAGAUGUCGUUCACGUCGCACAACGACCACUCCAAGUGGGCGGUGGCGGUCGCGCACAAGAUGCACAACAGCCAGGACACCAAGGUCGCCGACUACUGGGUCUGCGUCGGCGACAUCAACAGAGCGUUGCCCCAGGAGUCGCGGGGCGGGGGCACAGUUUGCACGUCGGGGCCAAUUUUGUGGGGCAACUUCGCGCACCUCAUCGAGUCCGUGCAGACGUGCAACUAACAACUAGUGCGGAUAAACUAAGGACUAAUCGUACCAACCUCUCUCUAAGUCUCAGUGUAAAUAUCUAUUGUGCCACUCUAUUAAGGCGAGGGUUUUCUAUUUUGUACCUAUUUUAUAUGUCCAUUACUUUAUAUAACCUUUUAAUUUUACCCUUUUGGGUUGCA